AUGUUCACCAAAAGGCAAGGUGAUUUCAACAGCGAGUCUGAUACAGAUAACGAAGCCAAGGAUCCUUCCAUCAAGAAAAGAAAGUCUGAAGGCAGUUUGGAUAACUCAAAGGGUUCUAACCUCGAAAUCCCAUUAUCAGUAAAAGCAGUCAUCAGGAAGAUUGAGCAAGCGAAGCUCCUUCGGGCCAAAGAGGGGAUGUGGAAUUUCCAGGAGAUGUUGAGAGCUUCUGACACAAGCUCCAUGACCCUGGGCCACCACAUCUGCCAUUUUCCUGGAGGCCGGAAACACUUCUAUCCACCCAUGAUUGGCCUGGACAAAGUGCUCUUGAGAGCCUCUCGAGAUAUUCUUACACGGCUGAUUCAAAUAAUGAACAAAGUGGAGCUGAUAAUGACUCGUUACACAAUUGACAGCUCAUCCCCUGGGAGGAAGGGCUCCUUCACAGCAAACCAGAGAAAGAAGAGAAAGAUUUUCUUAGAGAAGAUAGCUGAAUAUAUUAAUACGAUUGAUAUGAGAGAAAGGAUCCUCAUCAAACUGUUGUCCUGGCUGGAAGAAUGGAAUUUCAUUCUGUCUGAGGUGGCCGAGAUUGAUAUUGAGGAUUACUACCACUGGGUCGCAGAAAUGGAAAUCAUGCCGGAAACACUAAAAAACAUCGAUGGCAAUGUCAACACUCUGUGUCAAAUCACUGUGUCACUUUUUGAAGAAAGGAAGAGACAAAAGAAAAAAUUAUUGACUCGCGGCACUCUCUGGAAAGCUUGGAAGGAACGCGUUGUAAAGCGACCCGCCACAGCCCAUGCUUUAAGACCAGAUCAGAUGAUCUGCGACCAAUUUGCAUUAAACACUAAAGUUUCAGAAAUUCAAGACAUGUUACAGGAACUCAUCAGCAAAGGCAUGUUCAGCAAACUGGAAAACAACGCCAUCAAAUACAUCUCAGCAACAAUGCUGAAUCUCUCCAAAGCCUUGAGUACAGUCAACGAGGAGCUGAAGCUCUUACUCUCCCAAGUUACCAACCUGGUUGGGGAUGAAGAAAAGGAAGAAGAGGAAGAAGAAGAAAAAGAAAUCCCACGGAAGGCCUUCCAAGAGCUCUGUGAAGAAAAUGAAAUGCUUCAUCAGAGACUUAAAGAGAGUGAGGAAAAGAGCGAGCAACUUAUUCGAAUCAAAAAUUUCCUAGGACGUCAACUAUUGUUCCCCUCUGUAUCCUUUAGAACGUUGGUUGCGAAAAUACCCACAGGCAAAGAUAUGGAGCCAGAGGAGAUUGACAGCCUUUUAAACAAAGAGCUUGAAAAUAUUAUAGAUGAGUCCCAGAAGAAAGGGGUCAGAGUCCCCGCAACAAAGUGGGACUCGACUAUGGCAUACGUAGCCCAAGGUGAAGCGGCUCCAGCUGAAGGUCAGGUUGAUUACACCCAGAAAAAGCCGUACUUCCCAGCUCCACAAUCAGUCGAGUCCUUGGCUGCAAAUCUAGAGGAGGAAAGGAUAGUCUUGGAUAUUGAGACUAGUGAAUUUGAUCUACAAACACUGGACAUGAUGCAAAAAGACGAGAAAUCCUUUUUAGAAGGCAAACUGAAGAGCCAAGGAGUCCAGAGUGGAACAGGUAGCAUGUGGGAUCGGCUCAAGGUCAGAUCACAAUACACAGUUGGAAAAAGCCCAGUACCAUCAGAGGCUAAAAUAGAACCCACUGUUAGGCCAAAGGAAAAAGAAGUAGAACUGCCCAAGACCAUCCAGCCGGAACCCCCCGAGCUGCAUAAACCAGAAACCAAAGAGAAAAAGCCUGUGCCGGGGAAGACUGAAGACACGCCGAGCUCCACAAAAGUACAUGGUAAAUUACAGUCCAGGACCCCUAAACAGACGACAAUAAGCCCCGAAGGCAGGGGUAAUCUAGAAUCAUUUCAAAGAGCCAUAUUGGCUUUCCUAAGAGAGAAAAUGAAUAAUGUAGGAAAGGCUUUUGAUCCAAAGAGUAUACAGGAAGAGGAGGACGCAUUAGGAAAAGCAGAAGUUGAAAAAUUAAACACCAUAAAGUUAAAAAUGGAGGAAUACAUCCAAAAAGUGACUGAAACUGUGACUAAAACCUUGAGGACAUACAAAGAUGUGAGAAAGAAACAAUUUAGAGAUAUAGUCAUCAAACAAAAGUUAGCCCUCACUACACCACAGCAGCUUCCUAAGCAGAUAUCCAUGGGUUCCAAGGCUGAAAUCAGAAACGUUCUCUUAAGUGAGAUGACAGACCCCGUGAUUAGGAAAUUCGUUCAAACACUCUUGGAUGAGCUAGAGGGAGAACGGGAGGGCACAACAGCGGGCAGAAGGAUGGAGGAAAAGCAAGAGCAACAAAAGCAGGAAGAGGAGGCCUGGAAAGAAGAGCAAAGACUUCAAAGGGAGAGCAAGCAAAAGCAGAGAGGAAGGGAGAGAGCAGAGCAGCUGGAGGAGUGGAGACAAACAACAGAAGGGUCAGAGCAGGAGACCGACAAGGAGAAGCCGAAGGCCGUGAGAGAUGCAGAAGACAGCCAGCGGCCUAAAGGGAGCAAGUGGAAACAGCUAACAAAGACUGAAUUCCAGGCUAAAGAGUUGUCAAAGAUGUUCACCCAGAGUGCAGUGGUGCUAACACCCAGGUGGAUGAAAGUCCUGAAACCCCUGACGAGUCAAGUGCAGUUAUUCCAAGCGGAUCCUGACGCAGUGGAGCACCCCAAGGAGAAGCAGCCCUCCUCUUCCAGGACCCUCCUUGACUUUGCACGGCCCCUCCCAAGGCCUAUCCCUGAGUUGGCCCAGAUAGCUUCAGUUUCAAUGCCACAGGCUCCGAGUGGUUCUCCUAGUCAUGAACUCACGGAAAAAGCACAUAGCGCUUCUCCCACAGCAGGACAGGAACAAGCACUAGGGUCUCAGCUGACCGUUCCUGGCAUCCUGGAGCAGACAUCCACUCCAGAGCAAAUGCAAACCCCCCAAACAACUGCUGAACAAGUACAGAUAUCUGGGGCCACAGUUACCCAAAGAACAGUUCUACCCCUCCAGCAGAUCCAAGCAAAAGACAUUACCCUCACCUCUCCGGAGGUCCUGGAUCAGGGGAUCACUCUCACUCCUGAGCAGGCCCAGGCCCUGGGCAUCACUCUUACCCCUGAGCAAGCCAAGGCCCAGAGGAUUCACCUGACCCCUCAACAGGCCCAGACCCUAGGGAUCACCCUCACUCCUGAGCAGACCAAGGCCCAGAAGAUCAGCCUGACCCCUCAACAGGCCCAGACCCUAGGGAUCACCCUCACCCCUUGGCAGGCCCAGGGCCUGGGGCUUAUUCUCACUCCUGAGCAGACAAAGGCACAGAGGGCCCAAGCCCUGGGGAUUGCUCUCACCCCUCAGCAGGUCAAGGUUCAGGGGAUCAGUCUGACCCCUCAGCAAGGCCUGGCUCUAGGGAUGACUCUCACCCCUGAGCAGGCCCAAACACAGGGAAUUAUUCUCACCCCUGAGCAGGCCCAGGCCCUUGGGCUAACUCUCACCCCUGAACAGGCCCAGGCCCUGGGAAUUACUCUCACUGUUGAGCAGGCCAGGGCCCAGAGAAUCAGUCUAACCCCUGAGCAGGCCCAGGCCCUAGGAAUCACUCUCUCCCCUGAGCAGGCCCAGUUCCUGGGGCUUACACUUACCCCUCAGCAGGCCCAGAUAAACAAGAUCUGUCUUACCCCUCAGCAGGCCCAAGCUCUGGGCAUUACUCUUACACCUGAGCAAGCCAACACAUUAACGAUCAGUCUGACACCUAAGCAGGCCCAGGCUCUAGGGAUUACUCUCACUGUUGAGCAGGCCAGGGCCCAGAGAAUCAGUCUAACUCCUGAGCAGGCCCAGGCCCUAGGAAUCACUCUUUCGCCUGAGCAGGCCCAGGCCCUGGGGAUAACUGAAGCCUUGGGAGACACUUUUAAGGAGCAAAGGGUCAGCCUGACUCCUGAGCAGACCCAGGCUCUGGGAAUUACUCCCACUCCCAAACAAGGCCCACCACAGGAGAUUAGCCUCAGUCCCGAGGAUGCCCAGGCUCUGGGGCUCACACUUACCCCUCAGCAGGCCCAGAUAAACAAGAUCUAUCUUACCCCUCAGCAGACCCAAGCUCUGGGCAUCACUCUUACACCUGAGCAAGCCAACACAUUGACGAUCAGUCUGACCCCUCAGCAGGCCCAGGCUCUAGGGAUUACUCUCACUGUUGAGCAGGCCAGGGCCCAGAGGAUCAGUCUAACUCCUGAGCAGGCCCAGUUCCUGGGGCUUACACUUACCCCUCAGCAGGCCCAGAUAAACAAGAUCUGUCUUACCCCUCAGCAGGCCCAAGCUCUGGGCAUUACUCUUACACCUGAGCAAGCCAACACAUUAACGAUCAGUCUGACACCUAAGCAGGCCCAGGCUCUAGGGAUUACUCUCACUGUUGAGCAGGCCAGGGCCCAGAGAAUCAGUCUAACUCCUGAGCAGGCCCAGGCCCUAGGAAUCACUCUCUCGCCUGAGCAGGCCCAGGCUCUGGGGCUCACACUUACCCCUCAGCAGGCCCAGAUAAACAAGAUCUAUCUUACCCCUCAGCAGGCCCAAGCUCUGGGCAUCACUCUUACACCUGAGCAAGCCAACACAUUGACGAUCAGUCUGACCCCUCAGCAGGUCCAGGCCUUGGGGAUUACUCUCACUGUUGAGCAGGCCAGGGCCCAGAGGAUCAGUCUAACUCCUGAGCAGGCUCAGGCCCUAGGAAUCACUCUCUUGCCUGAGCAGACUCACACCUUGGGGAUCUCUCUCAGUCCACAGCAGGCCCAGGACCUGGGAAUCACUCUAACCCCUAGGCAAGCCAAGGUACAGAAGAUAUGUCUGACCCCUGAGCAGGCCCAGGCCCUGGGAAUCACUUUCACCCCUGAGCAGGCCAGAGAUCGGAGAAGCAGUCUCACCCCUGAGCAGGCCCGGGCCCUGGGGCUCAUUCUCUCCCCUGUGCAGGCCAGGGCCCAGAGAAUCACUCUUUCUCCUGAGCAGGCUGAAGCCCUGGGGAUCACUCUUUCUCCUGAGCAGGCUGAAGCCCUGGGGAUCAGUUUCACUUCUUCAGGGUUACAGAAACAGGGCACUCUUCCUCCAAAGAAAUUCCGGGGUUUGGAUGCUCCGUUAACCCCUAAACAGGCAGCAACAUUGAGGGGCCGUCCUACUACAGAGCAGAUUCAACCCCUAAAAAUUCCUAUUAUUCCGGAGUCUAUCCGGAGACCAAAACCAGCUGUGGCUUCUAAACAGACCCAGACAGUUGGAAUCCCACUACACACUCAAUGGUCCCAGCAAUUUGGAGUUCCACUUCCACAGAGGCAGGGCAAGGCAUUGGGAAUCACCCUCAUACCAGGGCAGCCCCAAGCAUUUGAGCAAGUACAGGCGUUGCAACCUCCCCGUACACCCUGGCAGUCCCCGUUGCUGGGCCAACUUGGUCCAGGAGAGACACAAACACUAAUGUUCACCAUCACGCUUGACAGAGCCCAGGAUUUGGGUGUCAUUUUUACGCAGGAGCAAACUCAGGCAGCGGCUGUCACCCUUACCUCUGAGCAGGUGGCAGCAUUAGAAGAUGCGCUCACUGAAGAACUGGCCUGGAAAUGGGGGGGGUUAAUCAUGCCAGAAAAGGCUCAAGGGGCAGCAAACAUCAUGACUCCUGAGCAAGUACAAGCACCAGGAAUCGCUGGAAGGUUGACACCACCUCCCACAGCUGGGGUCCUCCCCACCUCUGGAAAGUUUCCUGGAGGCUCUGCUGUCUACAAGGACCUCCUACUAUCCAGACUCUCUCCCUAUCAGCCUCCAGCCAUCGGCGAACAAAUUCCCUACAUGCAAGGACAGCAAAUGGUCACUGCUGAGCUCUCAAUCUCUGGAGGGCCUCAGAGAAUUUCUCCCUCUUCAGUCCCUCAGAAAUGGUCAGGAGCUGUUCCCCCUCCAAAACCUUUCCCUACAGAGAAGAUCCGAAUAGCAAAGGUUCCUGGCACUUCAGAAGAAACUGGGAUACUCCAAGAUUCUUUCGACAUGAAACCACUUGGAAUGUUCCAGCCUUAUGUCACCGGUUCUGGGAUACCAGAAUCGAAGCUCCCGCACGUUGGUCUAGAGAAGUCUACUGUGUCACCAACGUCUCUCAGCACUCAACUCUCCCAAACAUCACAGGCCUUACCUUCUGCAAGGGGCCAGAGACCAUGGCUCCCCGCUAUAGACAAGCCCUGGAUACUAACCCCAGCUUCUGACACCAGGAAAGCCAAGGCCAUGGGGUUCCCUCUCCCUGCCCAGCUCCCUGAAGACAGAUACUUCGUUGAUGUGGAGGCUCAAAGGAAGAACCUGGUUAUAUUAAAUGAGGCUGCACAAACUUCUGGAUUCCCUCCCCAGUACCACACAAUUGCCAGGAAUCUCAUAAUAGAACUGCUUCAUAUGAAUACAGUUAGGCUGGGGUAUCUGUGCCGCAAGUAUGUUGCCUAUAGGCUGAUCCAGCUGGCCAGAAACAACAUAACCAAACGAUUAAAAGCCAUCCAAAAUACUGGGAAAGGAUAUGAGGCUCAGAACCUGUACAUCAUGCUGGACAGAAUUGAUCAAUACCAGAAGAGGGUGAUGCGGUUCUGGACAGACAAGCAGAAGGAACUAGAACAGAGGCGGAAGCAGUGCCUGUGGUCCAUGAUGCAGGUAUUCAGCCAGAUCGAAAAGGUGUUUAAACUAAAUCUUAGCCAGCCUGUGCCCUUGGUCUCUGGCUUUAAGCAGAUACCCGAUUUUACCAAAACUCAAAGUCCAGUCUUGGAGUUAUUCACUGAAGACAACAAAAAGCCCGACAUUUUCAAGACCUUUGGGUAUGUACAGACUCAGGUGGAGUCCAUCUGGAAUGCUGACCUGUCCACUUCAAGCUAUCCGAUAAUGGAGAAGACAUCUUUGAAUACGCUCUGGACACAGCUGGGAGGGUACCCGGAUAUUCCCCGGCUGCUGCAGUUAGAUAUUCAAUGGACCUUCAGAAAAGCUCUUGCUUCCCUUCGGUCACAGUGA